CAACACUACCCAUCACGGAGAAAAUUCUAUUUUUUACGUAAAUUAUUUAAAAAACAACAACUUUUAUAGAUACGGAUAAAAACAAGUGCAAUUUUUAGUUGAAUGAAAAAUUAUACAAAUAAUUGUGUUAAAAUAUAUACCAUUUGCAAGACGAUUAGAAAUAAAUAUAUAUCGAAAUUUCCAUUGCGAGUAAAAGACGUCAUUCAUUCAUUUGGUGCUGUGUCAUCAAAGCAAAGCGAAGAAGAAAAAGUUUUUAUUGCUGCACAAGAAAAAAGAAAAUUACGUGCAAAGCGCAACCAUACACAUACGGGGAGUAAAAGAAGAAAGAAAGCAGCAGUUUAGUAGUGGAGUAAAUUGUAGCAAGCCAAAAGAAUAAUCCAAAGGUGGCUCUCCAUAAAAGAAAGUUAAAUAAAUAUUUGUAGUGCUCUUUGUGUUGUGGCUUCAAAAAAAUAGUAAAAAAAAAAUAUAACCAUUGCGUGGGUUUGCCAUAUACGAGUAUUUUAUGUGUGGAAUUUGUAUGUCCAAUAGCUGCUAUUAUCAUAGUCAACUUUGAUUAGAUAUUGUGUGAGGUCUCGGAAAAAAACCGACUGGGCUUGCACCAUACCAACAACCAGCACAUUUCCAAUUUCGAAAACCAACCAUUCCCAAAGAGCAAAACAACGGCUCUCUCUUCGCUGACUUGCUUACUCACUCACUGUGUCAAUAGCCAUUAACAUUUUGGUGAACCACUGCCGCCCUGCCCUCCCUACUACGGUAAACUCCAGCCCCUACCGAAAAAAACACAAACACCAGCGAAAUCGAAACGUCACAGCAACUCAAAAGGGGAAUUUUGCUUAACAAACUUGGAAGCCAACAUUUCGACAGACAAAAUAAUCAAUAACGUUUUUUUUUUAUUAAUUAUUAUUUGUUGCUGUUCUUUGUACAGCUUGCUUUGGAGCACUUAACAAACGCCAAUUAAAGUUUAAGAAAUCAACUUUUGAAAAAAAAAAAUAAAUAAAAAACAAAAAAAAAAAAGAUUUCACACAAAAGCCUUUUUAAAAAAGCAAAGGUUCAAAAAUGAGAAAACAUAAGGACGAUAUGCAAGUCAAUGUGGCAGGUCUGCGGCGUAAUAUCAAAAACUUAGCCCAUAAUUAUUCAGAUGCUCAGGUCAAGGUACGUGAGGCUACUUCCAAUGACCCAUGGGGUCCCUCGGCCACCAUCAUGGCCGAAUUGGCCGAGCUAACAAAUAAUGUGGUGGCCUUUUCGGAAAUCAUGCAAAUGAUCUGGAAGCGCCUCAAUGAUCAUGGCAAGAAUUGGCGUCACGUCUACAAGGCUUUAAUACUUUUGGAAUAUCUCAUCAAGACUGGCAACGAGAAGGUAUCACAGCAAUGCAAAGAGAAUAUUUUUGCUAUACAGACUUUGCGAGAAUUUGUCUAUCAUGAGGAGGGCAAAGAUCAGGGCAAUCAUGUGCGUGAGAAGGCCAAGCAAUUGGUCAAUUUGCUCAAGGACGAUGAGCGUCUGAAGAAUGAACGCAUCAAGGCGUUAAAGGCCAAAGAGCGCUUUGCCCAAUAUCCCAGUGGUUUUGGCAGUGAUGGUUGCAUAGAUGGUCCCAUAGCCCGAGACAUGCCGCCCGGCUGGCAGGAGGAGCCUGCCAAGCCCACCUCUGAACUUGAAAUGGUACGUCCCCAGACGGCCGGCGAAGAGGAAUUACAACUGCAAUUAGCCAUGGCUAUGUCGCGCGAGGAAGCCGAACAGGAAGAGGCUAAGCGUCGCAGCGACGAUGUACGACUUCAAUUGGCCUUAAGCCAAAGCGAACAAGAUUUCAAAAAUGAACCCAAUUUCAGACAAACAAAGCCCCCUAAAGAGGAGCCGCCCCAAUCGCAUCUAUUGGAUUUAUUGGAUAUACAAUUGGGCGCCACUAGCAUUUCAAGUCCCCCCCUGGGUUUAGCCGCUGGCGGCUUAACAAAUACCACAGAUCCCUGGAUAACCCCUGCAAGAGCUGCAAGUCAAAUGUCUGAUCCUUGGACUGGUACAGCCUCACCUCCAGUGGAUCCCUGGAUGCCGACAGCAGCUUCACGUUCCACACCCUUAAGUGCCGCACACAUGGGUGCCAUGGGUGGUAGUGUAGGUGGUGGCAUGGGUGCUGCCAUGGCAUUGAACAGUAAUGGCACAAAUGGUUCCGAAGCCUGGGGUGGCAUGCGCACACAAUCACCCUCGGUUACUUCAGGUUCGUCGACAGAAGGUUGGCUACAAACUAAUGGCAAUACUCAUGCAGCCAGUGGUAUUGCGGCGACAGGCGGUGCUGCAGUGGAUCCAUGGCAGUCAACAAAGCCUACAGCGGCGGCGGCAAACACAAUUGCAACGGUAGAUGCUUGGCUAUCAGAGAGUAAUAGACCCUCCGCCACUGCAACUCCACCUAAGACAUUGCUGAGCGAAGAUCCUUGGGCUCCUAAAGCUGGAAGCGCUAAUGCUGAUCCCUGGAAGCAUAUAGAAAGUUCCGCUGUGAAGCCUUCGCCCGAUAUGGAUGAAUUUGAUAUCAUAACGAAUCGAAACAAGUCUGGAGGUUCUGACCUAUUAAACAUAAACAAUUCCUUAUCUAAUGUCAGCAACAACAAUGCAAAUCUUCUCGAUGAUUUGGAUCCACUUUCAACAACGAAUUCAACGAUCAGUGCAUCGACGGGAGCCACAUCCAAGAGGCCACUCAAGGAUCCUCAAUCGUUUUUGGGUGAAAACUCUGGCCUGGUCAAUUUGGAUAAUUUAAUAAAGCCUGCAGUGGCUCAGAAUACACUAAACGCAGCAGCCUAUAAUCCAUUCAGUGAUACUGUUAUACCACCAAAACCUAAUUUGUUCCAACAACAACAACCUGCAGUGCCGUCCAUAAAUCAAUUGAAACAACAAUCUUUCCAAAUGACCAUUAAUCAAGACCCAUGGGCACCAGCUAGUAAUACCACAACGUCACAGUUUAAACCUACUGACCCUUCCCCUCUUAAUAGGGGCCUUGGAAGUCUUAGUGAACUGCAUACAAAUAACGAUACAAAGACGUCGUCCAACCAUUUCAGUUAUAAUGCCCAUACCAAUGUGUUGAACACUUCGUAUGGCGCCCCUGCCAUGGGUAGUACCAUGAAAUAUUCCAAAAGUGAUUAUGAUGCCUUUAGGUCGGCCCUAUCCACAAACUCUAAUCGAAAUAUUGAUCAUUUCUACAAUACUUCGGUGAAUGAUUUGCGUCAAUUGACUUUGGAUAAUGAUACAUUUAUGGAUUCUUUUGAUCUCUUCAAGAAUGGCAAUAAUGCAAAUUCAAGCCAUCUAUCGUAUCCCUCAUUGUAUCCACAUGUGGAAAUUAUCAAUAAUAAUGAUGUGUAUGCAACGGUGAAGGCAUCGCCACCAUCUUCUCCCACACAAUCGUCAUCUCCUUCCUUGUCCCAUGCAUUUGCACCAUAUGCCGCCACCACCAACAACAACAACAUCACCAUAAAUCCAAUCCAAUCGAUUCAACAACCAGAUGUAUUCAAUACAUCAUACAAUACCAACACCAACACCUUCAAUAACAACAACAAACACAACUACGACAACAACAAUUUUUCCUAUUCAUACAACAACAACAACACGUCUCUAGGACCCUCUGCUGCAACAGCAACUGCAACUAUUCCAAAUGCAAUUGCCAACCCAACAGCAAUCGCCACAGCGUCGUCAUUGUCCAAUUCCUCAGCAUCAUAUGCCACAAAUUACAGCAAUCUCCUAUCGGCAUCCUUGGCUACCGCACCAGGAGUAACAAUAAUGCCCUUAAAUCAGCUACAGCUACAGCAACAACAACCACAACAACCAAAUGUGGCCUCAAAUCUUUUCGGUUAUGGUUUUUAUGAUACUACCAAUACCACCAACAUGACCACAACAGAUCUCAAUACUCAGUGUAAAUUGGAACCAACAAUGGAAGCUUGGACGCUUAAAUAAAAUGGAAUAACAAUAAUAUGCCUUGGAUGAAACCGGAAGCAGCAGCAUCGAAUCCAUUUUUGUCAUAAAUUUCAACAAAACGUAGUAGCAUCACAGACGAAGACGCAGACGAGACGACGACGCAAUGGAAAACAAAACGAGAAAGUCUGUUUUUUUAGAAAUAUUGUUUAAAAAUUUUUUUAUUAAGUCCAACCACGACUACAAGUUUUACGUACUUGCGUACAGACACACACACAUAUACACACACACACACACUAUUGAGAAAGGGUUGAACAAAAAUUCAAGGAAAAUUAAAUUCAAAUUGUUUUCAAUUUUUUUAUUUAGAGAAAUCACUCACACAUACACCCAUACAUAGACACACGCAUAAAUACCACACACACACAUACAUACAUACACGUAAAUGCCUAUAUAAAUAAAUUUAAAAAGAAAAAAAAACUAAAAUUGAAAAUAAUAUUUUUUAUGUAAAUGUAGCCUAGAGAUGGAUGGCUUUAUAAAGAAACCGGAAAGCAGAAGAAAAACAAAAUCGAGAUGAUCAUAAAUUAUUUUUUUUAAUCUAUAAGUAUUAUAAUUGUAAUAAAUUUAAACAGAACAACAAAA